AGGCAAGUCUAUCUUUUAAGGAAGCUUUUAAGUAUGUCAGGUAUAUGCUUGUGUGUUGCUUGUGACUCAGUUACUUAUAUUUCGUGAUUUCAUUUUUUGCCAUUUUUAUUUAUACUCACAUUCUAUCUAUUUAGCUUAAUACUAACACCAUUAUAGUUAUUUUCGAUGACACGAAUUCCAAUUAUUGGAGGAACAAUGUGUUUGAUAAGGUUAUUGAUUACGGAAACAGUAUUGCUUUUACGUGAUAGGAUAUUUAGUACUAAUAAUUUUAGGAGAAACUUAUAUAUAAAGCUUAUAGUUAUCCAAUAUAUACUAUAUUAUAUUUCUAUGUAGUUAAUAUUUUGGCUGUAAAAACUGACAAAAAGUAUAUAAGCGCGACGAAUUCCCACAUUUCGAAAUUUUUACUAAUUAAUACUAUGAUUCCCAUGAUAUAA